AUGGAGGUGGAUACAAACGAGAAGCAUCAUCGCACACGCUCCAAAGGUGUUCGAGUUCCCGUGGAACCAACCAUACAAGAGCUGUUCAGCUGCCCUACUCCUGGCUGUGAUGGGAGUGGUCACGUUAGUGGUAAAUAUGCAAGACAUAGAAGUGUUUAUGGAUGUCCUUUGGCUAAGAAAAGGAAAACACAAGAUACUAAACCUCAGGAACCAGCUCCGAAAAGAAAGCCCUUUUGUACAAAAGCUGAUAACUCUUCAGUAGAUGAGUGCUAUGAGACAGAUGGAACUGAAGACAUGGAUGAAAAGGAAGAGGAAUACUCAGAUGAUAACGAUGACCAGGAGGAUGAGGAAGAUGAAGAGAUAGAUAGAGAUGAUGAAGAGGAAAUUGAAGAAGAUGAUGAAGAUGAUGAAGAGGAAGGAGAUGAAGCAGAAGAUGAGGAAGAGGAUGAAGAAGAUGACGACGAUGACGACGAGCACGGUAAUAAGUUAUUUUUCUCAACAGAAAAUGACCAUCACCCUAUGGAUUGUCACAGUGGUCGAAUAAUGCACGACACAGAAAAGGAUGAUAACAAUAAUGAUGAAUAUGAUAAUUAUGAUGAACUAGUAGCCAAGUCAUUGUUGAAUCUUGGUAAAAUUGCUGAAGAUGCAGCAUACAGAGCCAGGACAGAAUCUGAAAUGAACAGCAAUACAUCUAAUAGUAUGGAAGAUGAUAGUGACAAAAAUGAGAAUGUGGGACGUAAAACAGAGCUUAGUUUAGACUUGGACAGUGAUGUUGUUAGGGAAACAGUAGAUUCCCUUAAACUUUUGGCACAAGGACAUGGUGUUGUGCUUUCAGAUAACCUCAAUGAAAGACAUUAUGUUGACAAUUUUUCGCAGGAAGACACAAGGAAUAUGAACUAUUUAACGUUAGGGAAGCCUACAAACAAUGGACACACAGAGAAAAUGGUGGAGGAGAGUGAUGAAGAGGUUUGUUUGAGCAGCUUGGAAUGUUUGCGAAAUCAAUGCUUUGACCUGGCACGAAAACUUAGUGAAACAAACUCCCAUGAUAAAUUUCAACAACAAAAUAUGAACAUCAGAGGCUCCAGGCAAGAUGAAAAUUACUGCGAUCGGACACCUGAAAGGAAUUAUUCAGACAUGAUGAACUUGAUGAGACUUGAAGAACAAUUGAGCCCCAGAUCAAGGACUUUUUCUAGCUGUGCAAAAGAGGAUGAGUAUAAUGAAAGAGACGAUGAUACUACCUCCAUCACCUCAGACAGGUCAGAAGAAGUUUUUGACAUGACUAAAGGAAAUUUAUCACUCCUUGAAAAAGCCAUUGCACUGGAAAGUGAAAGAGCAAAGGCAAUGAGGGAGAAAAUGGCAAUGGAAGCUGGAAGGAGAGACAACAUGAGGACCUGUGAUGAUCAUAUUAUGAGACACAUAUCUGGGGAAGAAAGAAGGCCAAAGUCCACUGAUGGUCAUGUCAAAAAGCCAUGCUAUACAAAAGAUCCCUCAAGAUCAGAUAAGAAAGAGAGCAAAUGUCCGACCCCAGGCUGUGAUGGAACAGGACAUGUAACUGGUUUAUAUCCUCAUCAUCGAAGUUUAUCAGGAUGCCCACACAAAGACAGGGUACCUCCAGAAAUUCUUGCCAUGCACGAAAAUGUUCUUAAGUGCCCUACGCCAGGCUGCACUGGGAGAGGCCAUGUGAAUAGCAACAGAAACUCUCACAGAAGCCUUUCUGGUUGCCCUAUUGCUGCAGCGGAAAAAUUAGCAAAAGCUCAAGAAAAACAUCAAAGCUGUGACGCAUCCAAAUCAAACCAAGCGUCGGAUCGUGUUUUAAGGCCCAUGUGCUUUGUAAAGCAAUUAGAAAUACCACAGUACGGUUACAGGAAUAAUGUAUCAACAACAACACCUCGUUCCAACUUGGCCAAGGAAUUGGAGAAAUAUUCAAAGACAACGUUUGAGUAUAAUAAUUAUGAAAAUCAUGCCUAUGGAAAGAGGGCUAUAGCUCCUAAGGUGCAUUCUAGAGAUAUAUCUCCGAAAGGAUAUGAUGCUAAACGUUACUGUAAGAACUCAAGCCCUUCAAGCAGUACGACGAGCAGUUACGCUCCUAGCAGCAGCAGUAGCAAUAUGAGCUGUGGCGGAGGGAGCAGUGCCAGCAGUACUUGUAGCAAGAGCAGUUUUGACUAUUCGCAUGACAUGGAGGCGGCGCAUAUGGCUGCUACAGCAAUCCUCAACCUAUCUACUCGCUGCAGAGAGAUGCCACAGAACCUCUCCACUAAACCUCCAGACCUGUGCUCAAGGAAUCCUGACAUUGAAGUUGAUGAAAAUGGAACAUUGGACCUUAGCAUGAACAAACAGAGACCACGAGAUUGCUGCACCAUUCUAACUCCACUGGAACCAAUGUCACCACAACGGCAGGCAGUGAUGAAUAGCCAGUGUUACCAUAUGAAUGAAAAUGAUUGCUGGGACUUACCAGUAGACUACACUAAGUUGAAACCCAGACGGAUAGAUGAAGAUGAUUCCAAAGAAAUGAAUCCUGAAGAUCUGGAUCCAUUCCAUGACGCUCUUGACGAUCGAAGGUACUCUGCUGAAGUUACUAUUCCAAGUCCUAAACCCAAAUACCCUCAAUGUAAGGAGAGCAAAAAGGACUUAUUAACUUUGUCUGGUUGUCCAUUGGCAGACAAGAACAUGCGAAGUAUGAUGGCUACAAGCUCUCAAGAACUCAAGUGCCCAACUCCUGGUUGCGAUGGCUCCGGCCAUAUUACUGGAAAUUAUGCUUCACAUAGAAGCCUUUCAGGAUGUCCGAGAGCAAAGAAAAGUGGUAUCAAGAUAGCACAAAGUAAAGAAGAUAAAGAAGAUCAAGAACCAAUUAGGUGCCCAGUGCCAGGGUGUGAUGGACAAGGCCAUGUGACAGGGAAGUACGCAUCACAUCGAAGUGCUUCAGGAUGCCCACUUGCUGCAAAAAGGCAAAAAGAUGGCUACUUAAACGGGUCCCAGUUCUCCUGGAAAUCAGGAAAAACAGAAGGCAUGUCAUGUCCCACACCUGGAUGUGAUGGAUCCGGACACAUCAGCGGUAGCUUUCUUACACAUCGGAGUUUAUCUGGAUGUCCAAGAGCUACUUCUGCUAUGAAGAAAGCCAGAUUAUCAGGAGAAGAAAUGCUCACAAUAAAGCAGCGAGCAACUAAUGGUAUAGAAAAUGAUGAAGAAAUAAAACAAUUGGAUGAAGAGAUCAAGGAGUUAAAUGAAUCUAAUUCACAGAUGGAAUCAGAUAUGAUUAAACUGAGAACUCAGAUUACCACAAUGGAGAGUAACCUGAAGACAAUAGAAGAAGAGAACAAAGUAAUUGAACAGCAAAAUGAGUCACUCCUUCAUGAGCUGGCUAACCUAAGUCAGUCUUUAAUUCAUAGUCUAGCUAAUAUCCAGCUACCCCAUAUGGAUCCAAUCAACGAACAAAAUUUUGACGCUUACGUGACCACUUUGACGGACAUGUACACAAAUCAAGAUCGUUAUCAGAGUCCGGAAAAUAAGGCAUUACUGGAAAAUAUAAAGCAAGCUGUGCGAGGAAUACAAGUUUGA